GGCAGUAUGGUGCAGCGCGGCGAGACAGCGCAGCAGCAGCCGCAGCCCGUCGUGCCGCUGCUGCGCCGCCGCCGCUGAGCGCCGCCGCAGACAGCGGCUUCCCGGAGGCAGCGGCGGCAGGAGGAAGCGUUUUCAACGGGAGCGGAGGAAAGCGCGGCGGCAACCGGGACGGGGGCGGGGGGGCAGGAGUCGCGCCUGCCCGCCCACCCACCCUCCCUGGGUGUGGGGAGCAGCCGCCAGCACCUCGGGGACCGCACGCGAUGUGGCAAUGGGAGGCGCGGGGUGCGACUCGGCAGGAGCGGCCCCGGCGGCAGCCACCGCCCAACGCUCCGCGUGAAGCGGCAGCGCAGCGGCGGCAGCAGCAGCAGCCCGCGGUCUGCAGCGCCGCCGGCCCCCCGCGGGCCCCGCCGCGCUCCGCGGGCCACUACCGGGCUUCGGGCCCCGCAGCAGCGGCGGCAGCAGUAACACCAAAGGCAACUCCCUCACCCCGCCGGCAGCGGCGGCAACAUGGCCUCAGCCGUUAACGAGUUGGAGCCGGAGGCGAGCAGCGGUGCGGGGGGCGGUGGCGGCCACCCAGCCCGGGCGGCGAGGGGCGAUAGCGGGAGGCGGCGAAGGACCGGAGGGAACCAGCGCGCCGCAGCGCCCGACCGGGAGUAUCUGCAGCGACCAAGCUAUUACGAUGCGGCUUUCGCCUUGGAGCAGAUCUCAAAGGGGAAAGCUACUGGAAGAAAAGCACCACUGUGGCUGAGAGCAAAGUUUCAGAGACUGUUAUUUAAACUGGGCUGUUACAUUCAAAAAAACUGUGGAAAGUUUUUGGUUGUUGGCCUUCUCAUAUUUGGGGCUUUUGCUGUAGGAUUAAGGGCAGCAAAUCUUGAAACCAACGUGGAGGAGCUGUGGGUGGAAGUUGGUGGACGAGUGAGUCGGGAAUUAAAUUACACACGGCAGAAGAUUGGAGAAGAGGCCAUGUUUAACCCCCAGCUCAUGAUUCAGACUCCACAGGAAGAUGGUGCUAAUGUACUAACAAUAGAAGCACUCAGACAGCACCUUGACUCUGCACUUCAGGCCAGCAGAGUAGAUGUUUAUAUGUACAACAGACAAUGGAAAUUGGAACACUUAUGUUAUAAAUCAGGAGAACUCAUCACAGAAGCAGGUUACAUGGACCAGAUCAUAGAAUAUCUUUAUCCUUGUUUAAUUAUCACUCCUUUGGACUGCUUCUGGGAGGGAGCAAAGCUACAGUCAGGAACUGCCUAUCUAUUAGGGAAACCUCCUUUGCAGUGGAUCAACUUUGACCCCUUAGAAUUCUUAGAAGAGUUAAAGAAAAUAAACUACCAAGUGGAGAGCUGGGAAGAAAUGCUGAAUAAAGCAGAGGUUGGUCAUGGUUAUAUGGAUCGACCUUGUCUGAAUCCUGCUGAUCCUGAUUGCCCAAUCACAGCUCCCAACAAAAAUUCCACCAAACCUCUUGAUGUGGCUCUUGUUUUGAGCGGUGGAUGCUAUGGACUGUCAAGAAAAUACAUGCAUUGGCAGGAGGAAUUGAUUAUAGGUGGUACAGUCAAGAAUAGUUCUGGUAAACUUGUCAGUGCCCAGGCUUUGCAAACCAUGUUUCAGUUAAUGACUCCUAAGCAAAUGUAUGAGCACUUCAAGGGGUAUGAAUAUGUUUCACAUAUCAACUGGAGUGAGGAUAAGGCAGCAGCAAUUCUGGAAGCCUGGCAGCGGAUGUAUGUUAAGGUUGUUCAUCAAAGCGUUGCACAAAACUCUACUCAGAAGGUGCUUUCCUUUACUACAACUACCCUGGAUGACAUUCUAAAGUCAUUUUCUGAUGUCAGUGUUAUCAGAGUAGCUAGUGGCUACUUACUAAUGCUUACCUAUGCCUGUUUAACAAUGCUGCGGUGGGACUGUGCCAAGUCUCAGGGUGCUGUGGGGCUGGCAGGAGUCGUCUUGGUUGCUCUCUCGGUGGCUGCAGGAUUGGGUCUGUGCUCAUUGAUUGGAAUUUCCUUUAAUGCUGCCACAACUCAGGUUUUGCCUUUUCUUGCUCUUGGAGUUGGUGUAGAUGAUAUAUUCCUUCUGGUACAUGCAUUUAGUGAAACAGGGCAGAAUAAGAGAAUUCCAUUUGAGGACAGAACAGGUGAAUGUUUGAAGCGAACGGGAGCAAGCAUAGCCCUUACAUCUAUCAGCAAUGUUACUGCUUUCUUUAUGGCUGCCUUAAUCCCUAUUCCUGCUUUACGAGCAUUUUCACUCCAAGCAGCAGUUGUGGUGGUAUUCAACUUUGCUAUGGUUUUGCUGAUUUUUCCUGCUAUCCUGAGCAUGGACCUUUAUCGUCGGGAAGACAGGAGACUGGAUAUAUUCUGCUGUUUUACAAGUCCGUGUGCCACUAGAGUGAUUCAGAUUGAGCCUCGAGCAUAUGUGGAAAACAGUGAUAAUACUUGCUACAGUCUUCCACCCUCAUACAGCAGUCACAGUUUUGCACAUGAAACUCAGAUUACAAUGCAGUCUACAGUGCAGUUGCGCACAGAAUAUGAUCCUCAUGCACAGGUGUACUACACCACAGCAGAGCCUUGCUCAGCAAUAUCUGUGCAGCCGGUAACAGUGACGCAAGAUAAUCUCAGCUGCCAGAGCCCAGAAAGCACAAGCUCGGCAAGAGAUUUGCUUUCCCAAUUCUCAGACUCCAGUAUGCAUUGCUUUGAGCCACCCUGUACUAAAUGGACGGUCUCUUCUUUUUCAGAAAAGCAUUAUGCUCCAUUCCUGCUAAAACCAAAAGCUAAGAUUGUGGUUAUUUUUCUUUUUCUGGGUUUACUUGGGCUCAGCCUUUAUGGAACUACCCGUGCUAGAGAUGGACUGAAUCUCACAGACAUUGUACCACGAGAAACCCAGGAAUAUGACUUUAUUGCAGCACAGUUCAAGUAUUUCUCUUUUUACAACAUGUAUAUAGUGACACAGAAAGCAGACUAUCCCAAUGUCCAGCACUUACUUUAUGAACUUCACAAAAGUUUCAGUAAUGUGACAUACGUUUUGUUGGAAGAGGAUAAGCAGCUUCCCAAAAUGUGGUUGCACUACUUUCGAGACUGGCUGCAAGGACUUCAGCAUGCUUUUGACAGUGACUGGGAAGCUGGGAAAAUCACUUACAACAAUUAUGAAAAUGGAUCCGACGAUGCUGUUCUGGCUUACAAACUCUUGGUGCAAACAGGCAACCGAGCAAAGCCCAUUGACAUCAGCCAGUUGACUAAACAGCGUUUGGUGGAUGCAGAUGGAAUCAUUAACCCAAAUGCUUUCUACGUCUACCUGACAGCCUGGGUUAGCAAUGACCCUGUGGCCUAUGCUGCCUCACAAGCCAACAUCCGGCCUCACCGCCCAGAAUGGGUCCAUGACAAAGCAGACUAUAUGCCAGAAACAAGGCUGAGAAUUCCAGCAGCUGAGCCCAUAGAAUAUGCUCAGUUUCCUUUCUACCUCAAUGGAUUGCGUGAAACUUCUGACUUUGUGGAAGCUAUCAAGAAAGUGAGAGCUAUCUGUAAUAACUAUGCUGGCCUGGGGGUUGCCAGCUACCCAAAUGGUUACCCAUUUCUAUUUUGGGAGCAGUAUAUUGGGCUUCGUCACUGGCUCCUCUUAUCCAUUAGUGUGGUUUUGGCUUGCACGUUUCUGGUGUGUGCCCUCUUCCUCCUGAACCCUUGGACGUCUGGCAUCAUUGUGGUGGUGCUGGCUCUGAUGACUGUGGAGCUGUUUGGCAUAAUGGGUCUAAUUGGAAUAAAGCUGAGUGCAGUGCCUGUGGUUAUCCUGGUUGCUUCUGUUGGCAUUGGUGUGGAAUUCACUGUUCAUAUUGCUUUGGCAUUUUUAACUGCUGUAGGAGACAAGAACCGUAGGGCUGUCCUUGCAUUGGAACAUAUGUUUGCACCAGUGUUGGAUGGAGCUGUGUCCACUCUGUUUGGAGUGUUAAUGCUCGCAGGAUCGGAGUUUGAUUUUAUUGUCAGGUAUUUUUUUGCUGUUUUGGCAAUCUUAACCAUUUUGGGAGUUCUCAAUGGAUUGGUGCUGCUUCCUGUUCUUCUUUCACUCUUUGGACCAUACCCUGAGGUUUCUCCAGCCAGUGGACGAAACAGAUUACCUACUCCAUCUUCUGAGCCACCCCUUAGCAUCGUGAGGUUUGCACUGCCACCCGGGCACACAAACAAUGGGUCAGAUUCCUCUGAUUCUAAGUACAGCUCUCAAACUUCAGUGUCAGGCAUCAGUGAAGAGCUCCAUCAGUAUGAGGCUACUCAAGGCUCUGGGGCACCAGUCCAUCAAGUAAUAGUGGAAGCCACUGAGAAUCCUGUCUUUGCAAGAUCCACUGUGGUUCAGCCAGAGACAAGGUAUCAGUCGAAUCCCAGAUUGCAAUCAAAUCCAGAGGCUGGCACUCAGCAGGCAUGGCAUCAGGGCAGACAACCAAAAUGGGAAACAACAGAAGGGCUGUGGCCACAUCCUUACUGUCCUUGCAGGGACACUUUUGAAAUUUCUGCUGAAUGGCAUUCAGGACCUAGCAAUAGAGGUUGCUUGGGCCACAAGGCUCAUUCUCAUAACAUGAGAAGCCCAGUGUUUGGUGCCAUGAGUGCCUCAGGACCAGCCUACUGCCAGCCUAUCACUACUGUGACUGCCUCAGCUUCAGUGACUGUUGCUGUCCACUCUGUCAUGCACAACCACAACUCUUGGAGAGGGAGCUUUCUGUCCUACAAGGGAUACUAUGAAGCUGAUCAUGGGCCAUUUGAGGACCCCCACAUGCCUUUUGAUGUGUGGUAUGAAAGAAGAAAUUCUAAAGUAGAAGUUAUAAAACUGCAAUAUGUUGAAUGUGAAGAAAGGAUACCUGGCAGCAACUCAGAAUAAGGUAGAUCUGUCUCCUGUAGCCAGUAGAUUUGCCUGUCUUGGAAGAUAAGAAUUCUCUGAAGUACCUUUCCUUCAGGUAGGUUUACUUCUUAGUCCCUGAUCAUCUGGAAUCUUCUGACCAUGAAUAUAGUACGUUUUGUACUAGAAGUCAGGUUGGACAAGAUAGUGCUUUCCAAUGCUAAGAAGUUACAAUGAUCCAAACAUAAACUACUCCAAGAGCCUUGCAAAGUGGGUGAGUACAUAUUAUGAUCCCAAUUUACCAGAAGAGGAAAAUGAAGCAAAGAUGUUAUGUAGCCCAUUCAAAGCUAUGUGAUUGCAUUUCCUGUUGAUAGAUAAUAGAAUCACAGAAUGGUUUGGGUUGGAAAGGACCUUUAAAGAUCAUCUAGUUCCAACCCCCCUGCCAUGGGCAGGAACAUCUUUCACUAGAUCAGGUUGCUCAAAGCCCAUUCCAACCUGACCUUGAACACUUCCAAUGAUGGGGCAUCCACAACUUCUCUGGGCAACCUGUUCCAGUGUCUCACCACCCUCAUCGUAAAGCAUUUCUUCCUUAUGUCCAAUCCAAAUCUACC